UAUCUUAGGUUGUUCUCUGUGCAACAGAAAAGCGGUGAUUGCUAAUUUGGGGGGGGGGGGGAAGUGAGGGAAAUAGCACGAACCCCCCUCGCUAGAUCUUGUUUCUUCAAAGACAGAGUUUAAAUUUUCAAGAAGUCAGCAGCCACAGUCCCUGCCAGAAAAGUCCGGUGAUAUCGACACUGUUAGAAGCCUAGGAGUCCGGGUGAUCUUCCAGUGUUUAGAAAUCUGAAAGAGCUUUUUUUCCUUACCAGAAAAAAUCUAUUAAGAAGGAAAAGACAGAACAGGGGCACAAUUUUGACUAGCAGUACUAGGAGCGCUCCAUCCGAAAACAGCCUGUCUCUCUCUUUUUACACAAGCUAACUUGGUUUGCAAGAAGGGCAUCUGCAUUGCUCAUACUGAGAAAGAUAGCGGAGUCCUGGAUUGAUUAAGAAGGCUUAAAAACUAGUUACUCUUGGAAAAUGCCCAGCUGUUCCCAAGGAUUUGGCAGUAAAUAGAUUGCUUUUCAGAAUAUCCUGCUUUAAAGCAGAACAUUCUUACGAUGUCGAGUGCAAUGUCUUCUUGGAUUACAAUCUCGGCAAGAAGCACCAUCUCCACUCUGCAUGGAAAGGGACGUUUGUAUUCUAGGUGCAUUUCAAGCCAGAACAAAGUAGCAUGGAGAAGUUUGUUUGCCAAAGGCCCCUUUUCUUCUCUCCUGGCAAGUUGCAGUUGCAGCAUGGACAAUGUUUUCACGGUGAGAAAAGCUUUCAGACAUACCUCAACAGAAGAAGAAGAUUUCUCCUUCCGUCUGACGCCAUCACAGAUCAAUGACAUCUUACAGGCGAGUGAGUUAUCCCAUACAGUCCCUGAAUUUGAUGGGAAAAACCUGAGCCCUGUGCUGAAAUUUGAGAGUAACCACUUGGCUGCCAACACCCCGAUUGAAGACCGUAGGAGUGCAGCUACCUGCUUGCAAACACGAGGGAUGAUGUUUGGGGUCUUCGACGGCCACGCAGGUUAUGCCUGUGCCCAGUCCAUCAGUGAGAGACUAUUUUUUUACAUCGCUGUUUCUCUUCUGUCUCAACAAACGCUGGAAGAAAUUGAGGCUGCCAUGGAGUCCAUGAAACCGGUUCUGCCUAUUCUACAAUGGCACAAACAUCCAAGUGACAGCUCCUUUCAAGAGGUAGCCUCCCUGUAUUUGGAGCAGCUCAGGGUUUAUUGGCAGGACUUACUGAAUAUGGACGUGGAACUUGGUCUGACUCUAAAAGACGCCUUGAUCUAUGCAUUUAAAAGGCUGGAUUCAGACAUAUCACUGGAGGUUCAGGCUCCCUCAGAAAACGAAUUGAUAAGGAACAUAGCUCUUCAGGUGGCCUUCUCAGGUGCAACGGCAUGCGUGGCUCACAUUGACAAUGUUGAUUUGCACGUUGCAAAUACAGGUGACUGCAGAGCAAUUCUAGGGGUUCAAAAUAAAGAUGGAACAUGGGCUGCCCUCCCUCUUACUCAAGAUCACAAUGCCUUCAACAAAUUGGAAAUCUUAAGGUUAAAAGAGGAGCAUCCGGCCUCUGAAGAGGACACUCUCAUUGUGAACAACAGGUUGCUGGGAGUCCUUAUGCCUUCUAGAGCUUUUGGAGACGUCCAAUUCAAGUGGAGCCAGGAACUGCAGCACAGCGUGCUCGGAAACCGUUGCAACAUGGAGGCUCUAAACAUUUACGAGUAUGCACCUCCAAACUAUCAUACGCCUCCUUAUUUAACUGCAGAGCCGGAAGUUACCUACCACAAAAUAAGAAGGCAGGAUAAAUUCUUAGUUAUUGCUUCAGAUGGCCUGUGGGACAUGCUGAGUAAUGAAGAGGUAGUCAGACUUGUUGCAGACCAUCUGCUGGAAGCUGGCGUCCAGAAAACACAGCUUGCUUUUAAGAAACCGGCCAACCUGGGUUACAUGCAGAACUUGCUGCUUCGGAGGAAGGCCAGACACGUCCACUCCUCUGACCGGAACGUCGCCACCCACCUCAUCCGACACGCGAUCGGCAAUAACGAAUGUGGAGAGAUUGAUCCUGAGAAGCUGAUGGCAAUGUUGACUCUUCCUGAUGAUUUGGCGCGCAUGUACAGGGAUGAUAUCACAGUUACUGUGAUAUAUUUCAAUUCAGAUGUAAUAGAAGGUUACUACAGAGAGAAUGAAUAAGGGACCUUGGCUUGUUAUGAACUAUACAUAUGGAUUCUGGGGACCACCAAGGCUUUUUUGUGGCUGUUAACUAAGUUCCUAGACAUGCUGUUGAGAAAAAGCUUCCUAAUCUCUCUCCUGUCCUCAGCAGCCUAAUCUUGCCUGGACUUAACCAAGAAAUCCUGUAAAAGUUAAACAGCCUGAUCUGGUUAAAAUAACGUACCUUUAACUUGACAUGUAAAAAGUAUUUAUAUUAAUAGAAUAAAGAUUGUAAAACUUACUUGGGGACAGUGGGGGCAGCUUUGUUACUGAUUGGGAGGCAGAACGUUAUACUGCUAGUUGUUUAAUGCGAGAUGUAACACAGGUGACAGGAUCUCAUUGUCAUUGGAGGUGGUUACUCAUGUCUCUGAACGGCGCCUGUUUGGGCCAAGAUGUGCAAAAUCUGUUAGAAUGAUGGACGGCACUUUUCAUUUGUAGCCUGAGCUCCAGAACAGCCGUGAGUGUGAGUGCAAAGUGUUCAUUGGGAGAGGAGGGUUGUUUCAGUCUGGGUGACACUCCCAAGACAGAAUGUAUGGGUGGGUGGGAGUCUAAGGCACAAUCCUGGCCCAAAUUACGUUGAAAUACGCAGGAGCUGCUCAAAAGGGACUCCUAUUGAAGAAGCCUCCCAAGGAAUUGUAGCUUCAAUGUGAAGUCUUGCUUCCAAGUAAUCAUGCUAAAUCCUCUUUAUUGGUCCACCCCUUUAUUACCACAGGGAUUAUUUAUUUCAUAGGAAAUUGCAACUAUUUAAAAUAACUUUUAAAAUUUGAUUGGCUUUCCUAUUCGGCUUUCUGCUGUACCUGAUUUAAAGCUUCCCAACUAGCUUUCUUCUUGUUCUGGCUAUGAUACUGUUUAUGCAUUGGACUAAUUGCUGCCUGAAUACUUUAGGGAUUCCACAGGCAGUCAAAGUUCUUGUUGAUUACUUCUGCUAUGAUAGUAUGAAUUCUAUCUGUGCUUCGGAACUUAUCAAGCCUAUGGAAAUGUUGCCCUUUAAAAAAAAAAGCCUCAAAAGCAACAUUUCUUCUUACCUGUGUUGCACCCUCACAGGUAUUUGGCAGAAUUCUUCUAAUUCAGAAAAAAAUAGCAAUUUUAAUAUAUAUAUUAGCAUAUGUGGACAUCUGUUUCUGCAUCAGUUCAACUCGUGUUUGAAUUUAUUGGGAAUGUAAAACUAUGAUGCUUUUAAUUUGUUUAGGAAAUUAUACAGUGGGUUGGAUCUAGUUUUACACACGUUACACCAUUUUUAAAAUCUCUUCACUGGCUGCCGAUUAGUUUCCAGGUGAAGUAUAAAGUGUUGGUUAUCACCUUUAAAGCCCUACAUGGUUUGGGUCCAGGCUACCUGCGGGAUCGCCUUCUCCCAUACAAUCCGCCCCGCACACUCAGGUCGUCUGGGAAGAACUUCCUUCAGCCAGCCAAAACUAGACUGACAGGUAUUACCCAGAGGACCUUUUCCUCUGCUGCUCCCAGGCUGUGGAAUGGCCUGCCGGAGGAGAUUCGUCAACUUAACAGACUUUUAGCAUUUAAGAAA